AACUAGUGUAGCGGUGACUCUAGCUCACGUCGGUCCACCCGUAGCUCACCUCCCCUCAUCAGUAGCGUUGCCGCCGGCAUUCCAGCUGGAAGCUCACUUGCCUUCGUUUUCGCAUAAGGUACUAUAGCAUUACUGGAGGCCAGGCAUUGACCAGAGGACGACCUUGGUUUAGUACUCUCUCAGGGACCUUGGCUAAACGGCACCUUUCGUAAUCGGGAAGAAAGCGGGAGAGAAAACUCGUAAGCACACACCGGUCUGCCGCCUCACUCGAACGCCAGUCGCAGUUGCAUCAACAGCAAACGGUAGUCUAGCCACACGGUCGGUAGCUGCCAGCUGAGAGAACCAGCAAAGAAACAAAGUGUAUACUCAAGAGUUUUUUCCACUGACUGAUCGGGCUCUGGCUCUCUGAAUAAUCUUUUAAGCAUGAUAUCCACUUGUUACUUUGUCUUCUUCAACAGCGUAUCCCUCCCCAAACCCAGUUGCCGUCAGGGCAAAAUCAUUCUCCUGUGACACGUACUUUCAUUCUUAGUACAAGUACAUUAUUAGUUUGUUUUCUUAGUCACACUUCCUUUUUGCUAUUUUAGAAGAUACCAGUUUCCAUUCAGUUAUUACGCGACAGAUUAUUAUCUCGAGUGAGUCACACAGUCCUUUGAUAUAAACAGUAUCUACACAAGAGACCAUUCAUUACCUUUACACUUCCAAACUUCCGUUCAGUACAAACACCUUUGUUCCCUUAAGUUUAACAACUACGUACUGUAGUCCCAUUCCUCUGAAAACAAACACGCAUAACCAACAAAAAUGGAACCCUAUUCUGAAGAACUCCUUCCCUUCGCUAUUGCUGGCUUCGUCGUUUCCUUCGUCCUCGCCUUCGGCGUUGGAGCAAACGACGUCGCCAACUCCUUCGGCACGUCCGUAGGCUCUCGUGUCCUUACUCUGAGGACUGCUUGUAUCCUAGCAACGAUAUUCGAAGUUCUUGGGGCUAUUCUCAUUGGUUAUAAAGUCUCAGACACCGUUCGAAAAGGUAUUUUGGAUGUAUCACUCUACAACAACACGGAAAAGGAACUCAUGUUGGGAUCUCUGGCCGCGCUUGGUGGAAGUGCUAUGUGGAACUUAGUUGCUACUUUCUUCAAGCUGCCUAUUUCUGGUACUCAUACCAUCGUCGGAGCAACUAUUGGAUUUUCUAUGUGUGCCCGAGGUCUCCAGGGUGUCAACUGGAUCACCUUCGCCAAAAUUGUUGGUUCCUGGUUUGUCUCCCCCAUCCUUUCCGGUAUAAUGUCCGCCACCAUAUACUUGGGUCUUAAUCACUUCAUCUUGAAGAAAGAGAAGCCCAUGGAACCAGGUCUCCGCGCUCUUCCCCUCAUCUAUGGUCUUACCCUUCUAGUCAACAUUUUCUCCAUUGUUCAUGAUGGUCCUACCCUGCUGAAGUUUGACAUGAUUCCUACUUGGGGAGCUUUUGUCAUUGCUUUGGGUGUAGGCCUCAUCACAGCUCUCUUCAUCCAGGUGAUUGUUGUACCACGCACCAGAAAGUCCAUUGAAUCUGACCUUAGGAAAGAAGGCAGUCAUGAUCAGGGUGUCAAAUUCACUUUUGACUCCACUGAUAAUCUAGAAAUGGAGGAACUAUUGUAUAACCAAGAUAACUCCAGAUCCCCAACACCACCUGGACAAGAACUCUCCGUCAUUGAAAAAGGCGUCUCUCCCACUACUUACACCUUUAAUGGCAACUCUGACUCCAACGGGUACAUCCCAGCAGAAACAAAAUCCAAUCUUCUUGGCAAUGGACUUAACAAUACAAAUCCUUCCUCACAGUCGCUUGGUCUCACAAAUAACAGCAGCCAAGUUCCUCUUGUGAGCACUAACAAUGUUAAAGUGAUUUCAAUGGAUGAACUCUCUGCCAAGAAAGAAACAGAAGUUGACCCACCUGAGGUGAAGAGACUGUUCUCAUUCCUCCAAAUCCUUACUGCUACUUUUGGUUCCUUUGCUCACGGUGGAAAUGAUGUCAGCAAUGCCAUUGGACCUUUGAUUGCACUGUGGGCCAUCUAUACUGAAGGAUCUGUUGCUCAGACAUCACCAACCCCCAUUUACAUUCUUCUCUUUGGAGGUCUUGGCAUCUCAGUUGGUCUGUGGGUGUGGGGACGCCGUGUCAUCCAGACUAUUGGUGAAGACUUAACCAAAGUGACUGCUUCCUCUGGUUUUACCAUUGAAAUUGGAUCUGCCUUUACCGUCUUGUUUGCCUCUAAGAUUGGUCUCCCAAUUUCAACUACCCACUGUAAGGUUGGCUCUGUUGUGUUUGUUGGAUGGGCCAAGUCAUCUCGCCAAGGUGUUGACUGGAAACUAUUCAGGAACAUUGUCAUUGCCUGGGUUGUGACUGUGCCCCUAACUGCUGGUAUCUCUGCACUACUCAUGCUUAUAUUUAAGAUUGCCUUUAUAUAAUGUAUCACCUGCUACUGUGAUAUUAAGUAGGGUAUAUAGCAUUGUAAAAGAUGUAGAUUCUUUUUCCUUGCAUGGAAAGUUUUUUCACUAAAUUCUUUCACUACCAAAUUUAUUAGGCAAGUAAGGUCAAUGUUGCACAAAUUUUUUCAACCUUCCUAGUGAGAGAAUUUAGCGCAAGUUAUUUUAUAAUGCAAAGUUCAAAUUGUCCAGAGGGUGAAAGUGUACUAAGGAAGGAAAUCUAUAUCAUUUAAAAGAAAUAUUCCCUACAACUUAAUUGUUAUUGAAUGAUAUUGCCUAUUGCUGCCUCAGCUUUCUGAGUUCCAUUUCUUCUAUUACAGUAGUCCUUUAGUGUUCGAAAAUAAUGCUACUCAGUCUAAACUUAGUGAUACAAAACUACACUCUUAAUCGAUCAUAGCAUAGUGGCAGUAUCCUAUAGAAGUCAUAUGAAGUAUGUUAUGUGCUGUUGAGGUUUGCUGUUCUAUGUUCAUAUCAAGAGACCAAGUGCAGUAUCCUCUGUGUGUGUCUGACAACAGCAUUAUUUUAGGUAUACCAUAAAUUUAGUCUGUGAUUAUGAGUCUUGUGAUAUAAAAUCAUAAUAAUGUGGAUCCUGUCAAACUUUUCUUAGUGAUAAAAUUCAAGAUGUAUAGCUGGGUAAUGUAGUGAAGGAGUUUCACAUCUUUUUUGCAGGGGAAUGCGGUAAUGUCAAAAUACAUUUAAUUCAGUAAAAUAGUAGGUCAAUAUAAGAAAUUGGCCCAGUUUUAGUAGUCACUGAAGGGAGAUCUUGGUUGAUUGAUUGUUCCUUAGAUAUAAAUCUUACCUGAGAACAUCGAUGUUGCCAGUGACCAGUUGUAAAAGAUGCAAAGAUUAAGGUCUAGUACAUACACUUAAGAUGAGAAGGAAAAGUCAGAUCAUGAAUUAGCAAAAAUUUUUAUAUAACUACAAAGGAUUGCUGAGGUGGCUAGAAUAGGUGUAACACUAAAUAUUUGGAGAAGACCUUCCUUUUUCAUGGUCUUGGUUAGAUAUCAGUAUUCUUUUUCAUGAAGGGAUCAUUAUUGUUAGUUUUUAGUUACCAUAACCAUUAGAAUACUCCAUAUCUGACCGUGAGUUGCAUGCCAAGCUGGGAACUACAUUAUAGAUAAAGAUUUUUAUAUAACUACACAUAUAUAUUUGUAUUUAAUGGAUUCAUAUUGGUCAUUAGAACAUUGUUCAUCAAGCUUACCACUGUCGUGCUGCUCACCAUUUUCUAUUUAUUUUUCUUUUUUUUUGUAAAGGCUGUGAGAAGGUUGGUUCUCAUAAAACUUUCAUUCAUCACUUCAUACAUUGAAUAAUAAUUUACAUUUUAUAUAUAUCAUCACUCACUCAUAAACAUGCUGUGUAUGUGAAAGCAUGUGUAUGUAUGUAAAGUAUACAUGUGUGCAUUACACACAGACACACACACCCCUACAUGUGUGUUGUGAAUUGUCAGAUUAUUUUAAUAGCUAAUUUUAUAUAUUGUAUAACUCACUGAUACUUUUAUGUUAUUAGUAAAAUUUUAGAGCAGUAUUAUGAUAAUACACCUUGAAGAAACAUGAUCAGAAUGAUUUAUUAUCAUAUAUACAGUACUACAUAACAUGAAAUCUUCCAUAUCAUAGGGUGAAAGGUCAUGAAUGUUAUAAUUUACUGGAUGGAUGACAUGUAGAUUAUAUUUCUGAAUUGUAAAUUGAACUUCCUUUUUUAAGAAAAAAUUUGCAAAGAAAAUGUAUUUUUUAUAGAGGCUUAUGUGUGAUACUGAAUUGUGUGAGCUGUCCUUUUGAGAGUUCUGUAUUUAUGUUUAGUUUAUGUGCACUAAAAUCUCAAUACUGUCCCCUGAGUCAUUCUGAGCACAAAAGUUGUGCUUGGACUUCAUCUAGCACAGCUGUUUCUGUAAAAGGGGGGAGGGGGGUUGGCAGAUAUGAUUAGUAACAUACACAGUUUAUGUGUAAAGGAUGGUUUUAGAAAACAUACAGGGUAGCCAUUUUAAACCAUACAUUGUAUAUCGUUGGAAGGAGCCUUGUUAUACAUGUUGGAUACAGGUUUGGUGAUAAGUACACUGUAGGUAUAGGGGUUGGAAAAGCUUGGUGGUUUAUCUGGAAAAAAAAUGGUCAUUGAAAACAGAUCGGAAUGGGAAUAAAUCGGGGGAAAUGGCCACAAACUAGUCGUGUUUACAUUAGUUCUGUAAUUCGUAUUAUAUUAUAUUUUUUCAUAGUUGGAUUAAAUAUUUUAGGCAAUGAAAUAUAUGAUAAACUUUCAAGAGACUAUAUUGGUGUCAAUUUUUGUACUCUUGGGGUUGUGACAGACAUGAACAGUACUACAGGAAACUUUAUUUACCUGAUGACUGUACUUCACGAUCAUACUCGAGAAAAUUUUGUAGAUUCUAUGAUUCUAAGAGUUUUGCAAUUGUUACAGACUUCAAUAAUCCUUUUUACUUUGAGAAUGGGACAGAUUAUGUAUCAUUUUGGUGCUCUUGAUUUGUCUUAAAGAAAAGUGUCAUCUGUAUUUCAUGUCCAGUUAGAUCUAACCUCAGUUAUUGAUGAUUAUAUGGAAGCUAUUUAUAUUUUAAAGUCAUUUUAUGAUAUAUUAGAAAAUACUAGAUUGCUAUGAUUUAGCAGGUACGUUCUGCUUCACUAUCUAUAAAAGAUUAAUUUAUAUACUUUCAAUACUGUACUAUCUUUUUCAAAGUUAUCACUGAUUUGAUAAUUUUAUAUAUAUAUAUAUAUAUAUAUAUAUAUAUAUGUGAUAUAAUGUAAUUACAUCUCCACUUACAUUUUUCUCCUAUGUAGAAUAUAUAUAUAUAUAUAUAUAUAUAUCAUAUAUAUAUAUAUAUCCUCGGUGUUCAGAAUAGUUUGCAAUACGAGGUGUUACAAUUUCUGGUUGAACAUGCAUGUAAAAGUUAUUGAACUACAGGGAUUUCUAUUUCUUUUGAAGCAAAAUUUGUAUUUUUCAUUGCUAAUUUACUGAAGUAAAUGCUAGAUUUUAAGACCCAAGGCUUUUACUCUGGUGGAAAUUAAGGUUCACCAUAAAGUUUUUAAAAAUUUAAACAAAUAAGGACUACCCUAUUUUCACUCAACAUACAAAUUAGCAAUGUUGAAGCCUAAAUGUUAGUACAGUAUUGUUUAAAUGGCAUUGUUGGCUUGUCAGCGAUGAUUUUUAUUUUCUCUGUGAGGAUAAUCAGUGCUAACAAUCUUCUGAACUAUUUGUACAGAAUGAAAUAUAAUAUUUUGUUUGUAACAA